UCCCUUCUGUCCUGUCUCCUCUCCUCUUCUUCUUCUUCUCUUCAAUUCAAAUAAAUUCAACGAACAAUCCCCCUCUGAUAUAAAAUAGAGUAAAUUUAGUUCCUUUGGGAGGUGGGUUUUCAUUUUUCUCCUUAAAACGAUGGAAAAUCCGAGCUUGGUGUGUUCACCUAAAAUGGUUCUUGGCCUCUCCCAAAACCCCAAAAAUUCAAUCUUUAACAAACCCUUUCUGGGUUUUCCUCAAAAACCUAGUAGUAUCAGCAGCAAUCCCAGAAAGCCCUCAACUUCCCUUCUGCCUUUUCCUCAUCUGCCGGUUUCGAGAAGAGGUAAAACACUUGUGCUUGUGAAACUAAAAGGAGACUGUUUUGCAAGCACUACUUCUUCAAGUAACCAACAAACAUCUUCUGUCGGUGUAAAUCCACUGCCUGUGCAACCGCCUCCUUCUAGUGUGGGGUCUCCUCUUUUUUGGAUUGGAGUUGGUGUUGGGUUCUCGGCACUUUUCUCAUGGGUGGCAACGAAUCUAAAGAAAUAUGCAAUGCAACAAGCCUUCAAGACAAUGAUGGGACAGAUGAAUACACAGAGUAAUCAAUUUGGUAAUGAUGGCUUUCCUUUCCCUUUCCCUUAUGCAUCUUCAGCAGCAUCUGCUACAGCAAGCUCGCCACCAACAGCAUCUGGUACAGCAACAUCACCAUCACAAGUAGCAUCUCAAGCAGUGACUGUUGAUGUCUCUGCCUCCAAUGUUGAGGAACCUCCAGCAACAGAUAUAAAAGAUGAUUCAGAACCCAGGAAAGAAGCAAAAAGAUAUGCAUUUGUAGAUGUCUCUCCAGAAGAAACAUUCCAGAAGAAUGCUUUCGAAAGUUACAAGGAAUCAGCUGAGGCAGACUCAUUUAAGGAGCCUGUUGUUAUUGAUUACGGUACACAAAAUGGUGCUGCUUCAAAGCCGGAAGAAGGUGCCUCUCAAGCAUCUUCCUCAAACCGACAAGCAAACCCUUUGUUAUCAGUGGAUGCUUUGGAGCAAAUGAUGGAAGAUCCAACAGUACAAAAGAUGAUUUUCCCCUAUCUGCCCAAGGAGAUGAGGGAGCCUGCUACCUUCAAAUGGAUGCUACAGAAUCCAGCAUAUCGUCAGCAACUACAAGACAUGCUGAACAAGAUGGGUGGAAGUCCUGAAUGGGACAACCAGAUGGUGGACACCUUGAAAAAUUUUGAUCUUAACAGUCCUGAGGUCAAGCAGCAGUUUGAUCAAAUAGGACUUACUCCUGAGGAAGUCAUUUCAAAAAUUAUGGCCAAUCCUGAUGUUGCUAUGGCAUUUCAAAAUCCCAGAAUUCAAGCUGCUAUCAUGGAUUGCUCUCAAAAUCCACUCAGUAUUGCCAAAUAUCAAAAUGAUAAGGAGGUUAUGGAUGUUUUCAACAAGAUAUCAGAACUCUUUCCUGGGGUGACAGGUUCACAGUGACUUCAUAGUUCUGACUGUGUCCCCUAAACAGUUAAAAGAUGCAAAUUGAGGAGAAGCUAUAAAGCAUAUUGCAGCUCUUUUACCUAAAGAUUGCCAAAAUAGUCAUGAGCGUAGUUCACGAGCCUAAAGAAUACCAGCUUUGUUCACGAGCCUAAAGAUUGCCAAAAUAGUCGAGCAUCAGCCAUUUGUGGUCAAAAGUCACCAAAAGCUUAGUAUUUUUUGCUAUAGUUUUGAUCAUCUCACCUCUUGAAUAGAUAUUUGGAGCUGUUGUCUGCUGUAAAUUUUGGUGCAAUUUGUUUUAAUUGUUAAUCCGGCCAAACUUUAUUAUGUAUUGUGUCACAACUAUAUGUUAUUGCCUAUUGUUUUUGCCUUUUUAUAUCCUAUAGCAGCAUGUUUGAAA